UGGAGGCUUCAGGCUGGAUCUGUGUUUGUUCCAAAACAAAGCCAAGGAGGACGGUGUUAAUAAAGAGAGAUUUAACGGAGGGCAGUGCUUGGAAUAAAGUGGGCUCCGAAAAGGUCAAGUUUGAUCAGUCGGAGCAGAUUACAAGGGCUUUCGGGGGCGGCGUGCAGAGAUGAGCGGAGGCUGCGAAGUAAUAUAGCGCGGGAUUGAUGCGGGGGGUGGAGAGAAGCCGGCAGCGGCGCUCAUCAGUCCUAGAAGGAGGAAGAGCCGCGCGGGGCGCCCCGUGGCGCGGGCCGGAGCCGGGAGGCGGUGGCGGGUCCCUUCCCCUGCACCCACCCCUCACCCCGCCCCUCGGAUCGCGUCCGCCGCCGGCCGCCUAGACAAUGGUUUCCUUAAUCUCUGACUUGGAUCCACUCAAAGACUGGAAAGUUUUAAGAGAGACGACCACCGAGUUAGCUGGAAGUCUACCAAGUAACGGCACAGCCAACAAGAUGAACGGCGCUUUGGAUCACUCAGACCAGCCAGACCCAGAUGCCAUUAAGAUGUUUGUGGGGCAGAUCCCCCGGUCCUGGUCGGAGAAGGAGCUGAAAGAACUUUUCGAGCCUUACGGAGCCGUCUACCAGAUCAACGUCCUCCGGGACCGGAGUCAGAACCCUCCCCAGAGUAAAGGUUGUUGUUUCGUAACAUUUUAUACAAGAAAAGCUGCACUUGAGGCCCAGAAUGCACUGCACAAUAUUAAAACUUUACCUGGGAUGCAUCAUCCCAUUCAGAUGAAACCUGCAGAUAGUGAAAAGUCAAACGGUAGGUGGUAACCGACUGUCUCAUUUAAUGUCUGUUUCUU